AUGACGGCCACCUGGUUGCCUCGGAAUGUGAUGUUGUCCAUCCCCGUCAUCCUUUGCAUCACUCGCACAUGUCAACGGUCGACAACUGGUAUCGUCGCCGGUGAUUUUGCGCCUGCGCUUCCUCGUCGAAUGGACACUUUCGCUUAUCAGCAAUCCGAGCAAGCCCAUCUUCCACAUCUGGAAACCCUAAAAAUCGAUGCCAAUCAGUACUGGACAACCGGAACCAUCUCCCGCCGGUGCGCCGUGGUGCCAGCCUGCUCCGUGACCUCCCACCCGUAUAUCAUGCCGGCCACAUGGGACGAAUGCGCCGCUUGUAAAUCGGCAAUGUGGCCGGCAAAACGCUCGGGCUCCAUCCCGCCCUCAUCCUCCGCAUCAUCAAUGGGCAUAUCAGUCGUGCCAUCCUCCUGGAGAACCUGGGAUGAGUCCAAUACAUAA